CGGCGGUGCCCAUAGUCUCCUAUACGUGCGUUAAAGCACUCAUUCCAAAAGUAUUUCUUCUGCUUAAUUCUCUUCACAUCAACAUGUAAUGCCUUGUCUGACUUAAUAGGCGGUCAAAUAACAGUCAAGUGCGUGUGUGCUUCUUGCCAGAGCAAGAUGAAAAGCAGAAGGUAAAGCUCGCUGGCUCAGAGCUCUCGCUCAGAGCGCCGACUGGAAACGCGGGACGAGCGAUGUAUGUUCAUCUGUGUGACUGGCACGCGAUUCCAAUUACACUAAUGGCGCUGUCCACGUAGCCUGUAAUGUUCUUAGGAGACUCUUAGCAGAGAUGCAGAGAAACGGAGGAAACUGGAACUUUAGGACCGUGUAGAACACGAGAAAGCAAAUCAUCAUCGGCAGGAAAAGAAAAAAGGUGAAUAAAACAUAACAGGAGGCUAAAACGAGCCAUGGGCCAUCCUGCUCCUUGGGCUAUCCUGCUCCUUUUGAUUUAUCUGGACCCGUUGAGUGUGCUGUGCACGUCGACAGCAAAGCGCACGAAAGUGCCACCGCGGCGGCCCGCCAAGCCCAAGGAGCUGAACGGCACCGCGAACUCCCCCGCGCCCGCUGCCCCGCCUGCGCCCGUUCCCGUUCCCGCUGCGGGUCAGAACCACGACAAGUGCCUGGGCUACUACGACGUGAGCGGGCAGUACGACCGCGAGUUCGAGUGCAACAAUACGGACCACCGAUACUGCUGCGGCUCCUGCUACCUGCGCUUCUGCUGUCAGUUCCGGGGCAACCGGCUGGACCAGCGCACGUGUAGGAACUACAACAAGCCCGACUGGGUGAAGACCGCGGCACCGUCACCUGCACCGACCAGCGAGCCGUACGACCCGAGAACCGACCAGACCAACACGGCGGUGUACAUCACGUGUGGCGUCAUAGCCUUCGUCAUCGCGCUCGGAGUGUCGGCUAAGGUCGCCUACGACAAGGCCACGAGGCCGCCUCAGGAAAUGAACAUACACAGAGCCCUAGCAGAUAUUUUGAGGCAGCAAGGACCCAUUCCCAUAUCCCAAUAUGACUGUGAAAACUUUGCAGCAAUGAACAGCUCAUCCAAAGACGACACUCCACAGCGGACAGGCUCCAAAAACCACUACACUCCUGUUCACACAUCCAAAUCCAAUCAUGGUGGACACUAUUCGAAGGAGAGCAGCCGCGCUGGAGGAGGACACGACCUCCAUAACUUCAUCUCGUCUGGCUUCGUGACUCUAGGGAGAGGCCAUGCAAAAGGAGAAAGGCAGUGGCCGAUGCGGUCUCAGAGUCACCAUGGCACGCAUCAACACAACUACAACCAUGUGGGUCACAGUAGUCCUACUCGAACUCCUAAAAAUGAGAGCACGCGCAUGAACAGCAUCCUCACAUCGCAGACGGAGCCAUACGAUCUGUCCUUCUCCCGCUCCUUCCAGAGCCUGUCGCACCUGCCUCCAUCCUACGAAUCCGCCAUGAAGGCUGACCUCAACAAGUACUCCUCGCUCAAAAGACUGACUGACAAGGAUGUGGAUGACUACUACACCCGGAAGCGGCACCUUCCCGAUCUAGCAGCACGUGGCACCCUGCCACUACACAUGAUCAAGAUAAGCCAGGACUCUCAGACUAACCAACAGGCUCAACAGCAGCAGCAGCAGCAGUCGUCACGCCAGCGUCCUCGCCGUGUACAGAGAGCCAUGUCUCAAGACCGCGUGCUGUCUCCGGAGCGUGGUUAUGCUCAGGACUAUCCUGUGUCUCCCUACCCUGCGUCCCCAUAUGGCGAACGCAUCCUAUCUGACGAGCAGCUGCUGUCAGCUGAACGCCUCCGCUCACAUGAGCGCCUCAUCUCCCAGGACCGGUUGCAUUCGCAGGACCGCCGCUACUCGCAGGAGCGUGUCCACUCGCACGAGCGUCUGCAUUCUCACGAACGCAUGCACUCGCAAGAACGCCUCUACUCGCAGGACAGGCUACGCUCGCAGGACCCACUGCUUUCACCAGAUAAGACGAUGUUGUCCAAACAUGGCAGCUUUCACGGUGACAAGUCCAUGUCCAGAGCCAUAUCGCACACGGACGUGUUUAUGCCCACUACGCCGCUCUUGGACCGCUACAAGAUGACCAAAAUGCACUCGCAUCCCAGUGCCUCAAACAACAGCGCCGCUCCUGCAGUGCACAACACGCUGAACAAGCCCCAAACCACCUCCAAGAGACAGGCGUUUGCCUCACGCCGCACGCAGACCGUGGAACAGCUGCACUAUGUCCCACAGGCGGCUCAGCAGCAGCAUCACCACCACUACCGUACAGGCAGUAAGACCGAAGUGACUGUUUAAUGAUUUCAACCGGACCUCAGCCAUCCACCAGGAACUCACACACACACACACACAGAAAGGUCUUAAUACCAGUCCUUGUCUACACUAUACUCUAUUCCACAUAUUCUCUGUAUUCAGACAAGAGACCCUGCUGUGUGCAUACCCAUUAUUUUUUGUGUGUUUGUAGAUCACAGAUAUAGGAUGAGAAAAUUGUGCAGCUUGUCAGAAACCUAUCCAUCCAGUUCUGCAGUUCUUAAGGGCUUUGCAGGGGGAAAAAAUGUGCAGAGACUUUUAGCAGAACGACAGAAGGUGUAAAUGAAACCGCUAGUUGGUGCGAAUGUGUAAUGGAAUUAUAUAACUUUAUAAAUAUAUAAAUACACAUACUGUUUGUACUUAAAGUCCUAGUCAUAGCUUUAGAAGUUCUUAAAUGAAACUUAGGUUAGCACUUCUAUUGGUGCCUCUAUGAAACUGUUCUUAUUCAUCAACGAAGUGGUUUUGUGGGUUAAAAAGCACAAUUGAUUAAAAGCAAUUUUUUAAAUUUGUUUUUGUUUUGUUUAAUUAAAUUUUUUUUGGUUCUGACCGUUUUUUUUUUUUCUGCUCAUUUGUUUGACGGACAAUGGCAAGUUCAUUUGCAUAGAUGAUUGUAAAUAAGCUAUUUUAGCCGCAGUAAUUGAAAGAAGUCUGUUCUGGUUGGCAUUUGUAUAGUUUUAUUUUUGAAAUUCACUAUUUACAGAUAUGACCCACUAGCCCAAUAUUGGAUCAUUUUAAACGAAUACAAUUAUUGUACGUGUCAUUGCAAUUGUGUUUGUAGAAUGAGACCUGGGUGAAACUACAUGACCACUCUUGAUAUCUGGCUGUAGACUGUGCUCCAGUGAGUGACUCACAAGAAGAAUAUAAUAUGCUUGUUGUAGUUGCUUCAAAUAAACCAUCCUUAUUUUUCUAAACAUAAUCCUCA